AUGAAUGGUACCGGAUUGGAAUGUGAAAGACAAUCGAUAAUUUUCUAUCUCAGUCCAGAAAUAAAAUCCAUCAGUGUAGUUAAUCAAACAGGCAACAUAGAUAAUGUAACAUUGAAAACUCCUUUAAACCCAGUAACUAAAUCACUUCAGUUCAUAGCAGGACGUUUAUAUUUUGGUGCAAAGUAUGAAGUCACCUUUAUUCUGAAAUUUAAUCCAUCUCGUAGUACAACCAUUGUGAAAUAUCCAGUUCUAGUCGAAAUUGUGUGCAAACCCUAUGAACGUGGUAGUCCCGUAGUGAAUAGCUGUGCAAAACAAAGGUUUUACAAGUUCAAAUCUCAUCUGCGUGUUCAACUUGACUACACUUAUCCUUACAACUUACCUCAUUACGUUGCAAUGCGGAACCCUUUGGUACAGUUGCCCGACCGUGAAGCGAACACAUUUCUAAAUGUUGGUGAUAUUUUGUUUUAUUGUGCACGUGCGUUUAGUAUGAAGGGUUCAUUAGAUUUGGUGAGACGAUGUUUCAAGAUUGGUAAAUUGCCUGAAAGAAUUUGGUUUGAUGUCGGACCAUAUGUUGAACAGAUUAUAGCGUACACAAAUCCACUUGGCAUAUUGUUCGGUUUGGGAGCAAAUGGUGGAGGUGUAAUGAUGAGUAAGGAUUUGGGGAAAACAUGGAUUUCAAUCAACUCAUUCAUGUAUCAAAGAACUUUGAAUACGUCGACUGAAAUCAUUACAGCAAGUGUCAUACCAUGGAUUUCAUCAACUGGAUCAAUUGACAAUACAUUGUCUGAGUCAUUUUGCAAGAUGCGAGUGGCUAAUCAAUGGAAUGUAUGCAUCAACGCAAUUUAUGCAAAUGAACUUCUAUUGGCAGACUGGACUAACACCUGUCCAAACAUCAAGCCUUUUUAA